AUUAUUCUGAAGCACCUACAUUACAGUUUCCUUCAAUAGCGGCAAAAUAUUAUUUUGUAUUUGUGCGUUAUUUGGCGCGAUUAAAUAAGUGUUUCUCAUCUAUGUGAAACCCAGAGAAUCGUGUAACUUUAUUUCCUUUCCUAUCAUUAACUUUAUAGGCUAUAUUUCUUUACUUUGGAGUGUUCAAUACGCAUGGUUUAUCCAAAUUAGUGUUGUACGUGUCAAUCUAAAUAUGCCUAAAGAAAAGAAGUCGUUAUAUACCCGAAAAUACCGAGUUGCUUGGGAAUCCGAUGCUGAACUUAAAGGAUGGAUUGGUCCUGUAUUAGCAGAUGAGACAAAGUCGCUUUGUAAGAUAUGUAAAUGUACUUUAGCUGCACAAAAAAGACUUACUGCUUCACGUAAAAAGCAAACUAAGAUUGUUACGACUUUCUACAAACUUAUCGAAAUUGAAAAGGGAGAUGCCAUAACUAUCUCGGCUGCGGUGACAAAACAACUGGAGCUAGACGGUUUAAAAUUAGGCAAUCUAAUAGGAAUCGGUGUUGAUGGAGCCAAUGUUAUGGUUGGAGCGCAUAAUUCAGUAGCUUCUUUUUGA